AUGAAAAUAAUUGACCGUCUGCGCACAUUUUGCUGUUUAAGUGUGGCAGAAAAACCUGUUAAGCUCGGCAGGGAUGGUAUUGUGGUCCAGAUAGACGAAAGUCUGUUCAGGCACAAACAGAAGUACCAUCGAGGUAGACAGCCAGGGCGUGAGAUCUGGGUAUUUGGACUGGCUGAUGUGUCCUUUACACCAGCUAAAAUCUCAUUGCACGUGGUAGAUGAUCGUAAAGCCUCCACAUUGCUGCCUAUCAUUGAGCGUGUAUGCCUUCCAGGCACCAUCAUCAACAGUGAUGAAUGGAGGGCAUACAUGGGCAUAUCUGAUAAGCUCAGAUUCACUCAUGAGACUGUUAAUCACAGUGAGAGCUUUGUGAACCCAGUUACUGGCACCUACACUCAGAAUAUUGAGUCAACGCGGAAUACGUGA